GGGAUUUGUGAGGAUUUUAUAGAAUUCUGUUUUUAUUUAUUUUUAACAUUAUUUUGAUGGUACUUUCUUUCUAUUUCACGGUACUUGAUAGUAUUUUGCAGUAUUUCGGUAUUUUACAGAAUUUCACACGGUAUUUCAUAUUAUUUAUAAUAUUUCACAGCAUUUCCCAAAAUGGAUCCAAAUUCAUGCACUUCAUAGAUGCCAAUGCAAAGAAACUCACCUCCGCUAACCCAAGUCAAGCUUAAUUCCCACGACGGGGGAUUCCAUACUAGCUCCAUCGCGGUGCAGAAGGAGGCGCUUUUGGAUGAGUUGGGGUUGGGGUUGGGGUUGGAUGAAUGAAUGAAUGAAUGAAUGGGCUCACCAGAUCCAGAUGAGGAGUGAGCACUCGGCCAAUUUUGAUACUGAAAUGCAUUUUAUUAAACAUUGAUCUUCUCCUCUUUCUCCUCCCUCUCCUCCCUCUCCUUCUUCCAUCCAUCUCCCGUACUCCUUUUUAUUUGCUUCCACCCUCCUCUCGAAAUCACAUUCGCUUUUUGCUUCUGCUCUGGUAAUAAUAUCGAAUCGCAAGAAUUCGUUCGUUCAACCGUCUUCUCACAUCCCAUACACUCCUCGCAUCCAAUUCUCUGCAGGGUAAGUAAACAUUCAUUGAUUCCUCGUUACAUUCCAAUCUAGCAAACGAAAACACUCCCGCCACCACUUUUAAACUUGAGCAACGUCUCAUUUCCCGAAGAUCGAUCUUGAGAGAUGAAAGACUGACCUGCGAUGUUCAUGAAUAGUUUCUUCGAAAACAUAAUUGUCAAACGCAAAAAGCUGCCACUGCAAUAUCAAUCUGCCACCUCAACUUAACUCGCCAUCAAACACUCGUGCUUCAAAAUGCGUUUCUCCACCACUUUCGUUGCUGCAGCUCUUGUUAGCUUUGCCACUGCUCAAUAUACCAUUGAUCCAGCAAGUGUCGACCCGGUUACUCGUGAAAGUUGGUGUCAAUCACAAACACAAACAUGUCCAUCGCUCUGCUUGCAAACUGGCGCCGGUAGCUCCAGCACUACCACCAACACUUGUGACCCUGACACCCUUGACUAUGCAUGCGUUUGCAGCAAUGGUCUCUCUCCCAACGCAUCCGAAUACUCCUUAACCCUCCCAUACUUAAUCUGUACCCAAUACGCCACCAAUUGCGUCAACAACUGCAACGGAGUAAAUACUUGUCAAGCAGCGUGCCGAGAUGAUCAUCCAUGCGGAGCCCAAAACCCAACCCGUGUCAAUACCACCUCGAGUACCACUCAAAGCUCAACUGGCACCGCAGGAGCUUCCAGCACCAACGCCGUUGCAUAUACAGGAUUGGGUGGAUCAUCUUCAACAUCUACUCCUAAGAGUGGUGCUCAGAUGACUGUGGAUUUCGGAAAAUCGUAUGGUUUGGCGGUGGUCUUUACCGGCCUCUUUGCGGGGUUUGCUUUGGUAAUGUAAAUUGACCGCUUCUUUAAUGCGCGGAGAUGGUGAUGGUGAGAUGGAUUAAUGGAUCGGUCUGUGUCGUUUGUGAAGUAUGGCUUCAUAUCAUGCCAUAUCAUUUUAUAUCGUGUGAUAUAUGAUAUUGACAUGGGUGACCUUUAUUGCAUAACGACACCUUCUCGAAUUUGGUACCUCGGGGAGUUUUGGAAAUUUUAGCGAUCAUUCCGUGUGCGUUUUGUUUUCGGCUUCCUUCUCUCUCCUGCGUUGGAGGAUUGGGAGCGUCGAGUUGGUUUCUGCUUCUUGCACAUACAUAUUACAAUGUCGGACAUCCUGGAUACAAACAUGGAUGAGCUUAAUGGAGAGAGCUGGCGCUAGAUUACUUGCUUAAGCAUGUAGCUGAGCUCGGGUGGGAUUAAUAUGGUAAUGAAGGGGAUUAUUUUGAAAAGGAAUGAAGAAAAGAAGGAAGGAAGGAAGGAUCUAGAUCUUUUCAGAUGGAGAUUAACAAGAGCUAUACUUCUGGCUACGAAAUAGAAGCAAAAGUUUUUAAGCAUACUUAUUGUUCCAUGACCAUGACUCGAUGAUUUUGGGAUUGCUGAGAUGUGCUGAUUUGGUAAUCUUGAUGCAAUCUAUUCCGACUUGAUUUGAAACUGUGUAGACUCAGAGUAGGUAGUGUAGUGUAGUGUAGUGUAAUGUAAUGUAAUGUAAUGUA